GCGAAGGCGCGAGCCCCGGCGCGCGGGCGCUGCGUUUUGGCGGGGUGGGCGACGUCUGGGUUCUGAGGUGAAAGCCUUGAGGGGAGAGAGGGGCAGGCAGGCUGCGGGGGGAGCGGUCGCGGAGUGUGAGAUGAGGAGGAUUAGGAGAAAGGGUUAGAAGCCGGGGAGAGGAGUGGGAAAGAAACCCAGGCUGGCUCCGGGAUGAGGUUAGGAAGCCCCGGGCUGGGAAGAGGGAUCCGGGGUCAGGGCUGGGAGCAGGGGUCUGGAAGAGGCAAGGCUUGGCAGGUGGGUGGUGGUGGGGUGAGGGUACCAAGGGCAGAAGAGUUGCAAGGGGAAGACAAGGAGCAGAACCGGUAAUAGUUGGGAGUAGGGGAGAGAGAGUGAUUAAGAGCCAGACGUGACAAGGGUGUGAACUAGUGCGGAGCCAGGGAUGAGCUGAAGGGCUGGGAUCGGCUGGGGUGGGAUCGACAAGGCGUGGGUCAAUAGCUGGGUGGUGGGUGUGAAUUCUGCAAAGUGAGGGAGGCAGAAGGGACCUGGAUUACAACCAGGUGGAGUCAGAAAUUGGAGCGUUAGUGAAAAGGAAAGCUUGCGUAGAGCUGGGCGUUAAGAGGACAGUUCUGGGAGAAAAAGAAAAAGCUGAAGGGACGCUAGAAGAAGCAAGGCUUAAGGAGUGAUGGUGCUCUGGGACAGGGAGGCUGGGGAAUUGUGGAUGGAAGAGGGAGGUUCAGCAAGGUACAGAUAGGGGCGUGCAGGGACCGCCGAAAAGCAGCCCGAGAAGAUGAGCAAGGAAGAGGUGGGCCCUGGGAUUUAGAGGAUGGAGUGGGGAGUAAGGGAAGAGGAACAAGGCUAAGGGGAGCUGGGAGAGCCUGAUGGGGAGAACAGGGGUGGGCUGCACAGCUGUGGGGACUGAAUGUGCGUUCUGCCCUGAGGCGCCCCAGAAGGUCUGGAAGGGGCAGGGCACAAACGCUGUAGUGAAGAACCCAGUGUGGGGGCCUUUGGUGAAGAAGAUAAGGAACCAUGAGUGCACCAUUGGGCUAGAGAAGGAUAAGACCCUUCUUGUUUUCGUUGAUCAGCCAGAUCUCUGCCUAGCUGUUUUCAGAGACUGAAGAAUGAGGAUAACUCAUUCAGAGAAAGAGUCUUUGGAUGGGAAGACACCUUGAAAGGACCUUGGGUUUAUCCUGCAACUUCAGUCAAUAUCCCACCUAAAUCAUCCCAGGUAAUAGUGAAGAAGAAAACCCAGCCAAUGAUUAUGUGAUAAUAUGGAAGAAGAUGGAAAAAAGCUGUUUAAUGGAUUAAGAGAGUGGCGACUGUGCUAAAACAUGGAUAGAUGCAAACAUGUAGGGCGGUUACGGCUCGCCCAGGACCACUCCAUCCUGAACCCUCAGAAAUGGUGCUGUCUGGAGUGCUCCACCACAGAGUCUGCAUGGGCCUGCCUGAAGUGCUCCCACGUGGCCUGCGGCCGCUACAUUGAAGACCAUGCACUGAAACACUUUGAAGAGACCGGACACCCGCUGGCCAUGGAGGUCCGGGAUCUCUACGUGUUCUGCUACCUGUGCAAGGACUACGUGCUCAAUGACAACCCCGAGGGGGACCUGAAGCUGCUGAGAAGCUCCCUCCUGGCGGUUCAAGGCCAGAAGCAGGACCAGCCCGCGAGGCGUGGGCGGACGCUGCGGUCCACAGCUGCAGGCGAGGACGUGGUCCCGCCGCAGCGCACUCCUCAGGGACAGCCGCAGAUGCUCACGGCUCUGUGGUACCGGCGCCAGCGCUUGCUGGCCAAGACGCUGCGGCUGUGGUUCGAGAAGAGCUCCCGGGGCCGCGCGCAGCUGGAGCAGCGGCGGCGGGAGGAGGCGCUGGAGCGCAAGAAGGAAGCGGCGCGGCAGCGGAGGCGCGAGGUCAAGCGGCGGCUGCUGGAGGAGCUGGCCAGCGCGCCGCCGCGGAAGAGUGCGCGCCUGCUCCUGCACGCGCCCGGCCCCGUGGCCGUGCGCCCGGCUACCCUCGCUACCUCCCGGCGCGCGCCCGCCGCUGCCCUCAAGCCGCGCCGUCAGCCGGCGGUGGCCCCGGGUGUCACCGGCCUACGCAACUUGGGCAACACCUGCUACAUGAACUCCAUCCUCCAGGUGCUCAGCCACCUCCAGAAGUUCCGGGAAUGUUUCCUUAACCUCGACCCUUCCACCUCCGAACACCUGUUUCCCCAAGCAACCAAUGGGAAGGCUCAGCUCUCUGGCAGGCCGGUCAGCAGCUCUGCUGCCGAGUUGUCAGUAAGGAGCGACCGGGCCCAGGGGUGUGAACCUCAGGGCCUCUGCUGGAACAGCGGAGCCUCCAUCAGCAGGAGCCUGGAGCUCAUUCAGAACAAGGAACCCAGCUCAAAGCACAUUUCCCUCUGCCACGAACUGCACACCCUCUUCCGAGUCAUGUGGUCUGGGAAGUGGGCGCUGGUGUCGCCCUUUGCCAUGCUUCACUCAGUAUGGAGCCUCAUUCCCGCCUUCCGUGGCUACGACCAGCAGGACGCACAGGAAUUUCUCUGCGAGCUGCUGCACAAGGUGCAGCAGGAACUUGAGUCUGAGGGCUCCACGCGCCGGAUCCUCAUCCCCUUCUCCCAGAGGAAGCUCACCAAACAGGUCUUAAAGGUGGUGAACACCAUAUUUCACGGGCAGCUGCUCAGUCAGGUUACAUGUGUGUCAUGCAAUUAUAAAUCCAAUACCAUUGAGCCCUUUUGGGAUCUGUCCCUGGAAUUCCCUGAACGCUACCACUGCAUAGAGAAGGGGUUUGUCCCUUUGAAUCAGACAGAGUGCCUGCUCACUGAGAUGCUGGCCAAGUUUACGGAGACAGAGGCCCUGGAGGGGAGAAUCUACGCUUGUGACCAGUGUAACAGCAAACGACGAAAAUCUAACCCCAAACCCCUUGUUCUGAGUGAAGCCCGAAAGCAGUUAAUGAUCUACAGACUACCUCAGGUCCUCCGGCUGCACCUUAAAAGGUUCAGGUGGUCUGGCCGUAAUCAUCGCGAGAAGAUUGGGGUCCAUGUCGUCUUUGACCAGUGGUCAUGCAUCACGGGAAAGGGUUUGGCUCAGGACACUACACAGCCUAUUGCUACAACACAGAGGGAGGUUUCUGGGUCCACUGCAAUGACUCAAAGCUGGAUGUAUGCAGUGUCGAGGAAGUGUGCAAAACCCAGGCCUACAUCCUUUUUUACACUCGAAGAACAGUUCAGGGCAGUGCAAGACUUUCAGAACCCCAACUCCGAGCUCAGGUGCAGUCGAGCAGCAAGGACGAAGGCAGAACUUACACAUUCCCUUGACUGGGAGGCAUGCAUCCAAAUGUCCUUACAUUUUUCCUCGUGGGUAAGAAGGCUUGCCCUACGUAGUAACAGGUUACUGGGUUUGCCUCACUGGGCCUAGAGAAGACAAUGCCAGGUGAUUCCUGCCCUGUCAAAAAGUUGGUAGUCACUGUCUUUUGAAAACAUUUGGAAAUUCCCUCCUUUCAUAAAACAAAUCUAAAGGAGUAACUUCUAUGAAGAUUCUUUUGUCAGUUGCUUCUGGAUAAUAGAGGGACCUGGGGUGGGGGCAGGGGAAGGGGUCAAGUGGUCAUCCAGCCAGGAGAGCAGCCAUGAAUGUCUUCUCUCUGUCACAAGUCCCCACUAAUCAGAACCUCCUUGCGGCACUGCAGAGUACAUGAGGAGGCCCCGGGCUGACAGCCGGUGGGAAGGAUUGGUUCCGAAGUGGAAGGUAAAGUCACAGGAUUUAUUCGCACAAAAGUGGUAACCAUCAGGGAUACAGCUUGCAAGCUUCCUUUUUUAGGAGAGAACAGUUGGAGAGUGGAGUGAGGGGCAUGGAGCAGACGUCCCCAUGGCCAGUUGGAAGAAGGCUUUCAGAGCUGGGCUUCUCCCAAGCGGCUGCUGGCACCUCCUCACUCUGCACUGGUGAGAAGAGGGGGCCUGAACCAGUGCAUGCUUGGUCUGUGCAUGUGAAGCCAUGGAGGCUCCGGACUCCCCGAGUCCUGGAGCAGGAGCCUGGCUCGGGUCUGGAGCCAGCACAUGGUUUUGUCCAGAUUGGUCUUUGGGUCAGUGGUCAGAAGCCUUCUCAGAAUUCAGUGAGGGUUAAUGGGGGUUGUCCCAAUGCCUGCUGCCCCUAGGGUCUCCUCUGUGCUCUCCUGCACCUAACACAUUGGUGCUCACAAGGUUUGGGAGCUUUCGCUUCCCUAGGGACUGUGUGUCUAGCUCUUGCUCAUAACCCUUGCCUGUUCUCUUCCCACUCUGCUACUUAUUCUUGCCUGCUGCUCUGGCCACCUGCCCUCAGUCUACGAGGGUACAGUGAGACUCCUUUUACUCUGCUAUUAGUAAAAACACCUCUUUCAAAUUCGCUCCACUUCUAAAUGGAGUUGGAGUGUCCAGACAGAGGCACUACAGACCCUCAUUCUCUUGUAGUGGCCUCUGCAGUGCCCACAGCCUCUCCCGUGAAUAAGUAGCUGGUGUUCAUGUGGUCACUUGAAGGGAGCAGACAGGGAGGGAGUUUAAGGGGUGGGGAACAGGGGCAGUGAGGCUGAAGGAGGCACGGUUUCCCAGGCACAUCUGUAGCCGUUCCUGCUGCCCUCAUCUGAGAUGAGCUCUCCCUCCGGCAGGCCUGCCAGACAUUACUGAGACAUAGAAAAAAAUCAGACAGAAAAUGGCUCCCCUGACAGGGAUGGUAUGGCUAGAUUUAAACUUGCUUUUUUACAACACUGUGAGGUUUCUGUACUUAGCUUUUAUUUGGAAGCGAUAAUGUAUAGCAUUUUUGUGCUGUUUGGUUUUUACUGUCUACUGCGGGCUAUUUUGUGAGCUUUGCGUGGCCUGCUCCUCUCCUGGACACUGUUUUAAAGUGUCCCGGUUGCCCAUGCUGCCUGAGGUUGAUAUAAAGCUGUACCCUGAGGUCCACAUUACCAAGAUGCAUGAUGGUGAUGAUUUAUUACCAUGGUAGGAAAGCCCAUUCAAAAACAAAGCCAAGUGUGCUGGUACACCUGGGAGGCCAGCACUUGCUAGGCUGAGGCAGGAGGAUUAUGAGUUUGAGGCUACACUGUGAGACCCUGUCUGAAAAACAAGAAUAACAAACCAUUGAGAGUGAAAAAGGAAACAAGACUGGAUUGCAGCUCCUCUUAAACCCUGUGUUGUUUACUCUAGAAACAGAGAGAACUUGGAGGCAAUGAAUACAUAUCUGUCUGUCCAGAGGGGGAAACAUUAAUCAAUAUAAACACUUAAAGGAAAAUUAGAAGGUUCUAAUUCAUUUUUUAAAAAAGGUCUUAUGGCAACUAUCAGCAAGACUGGUAAGCAAGUUAGGGAAAUAAAUAAAAUAAAUGUUUGGCUGACCUGAACACCCACACAUGAGAUUAAUGAAAUCACUUCAAAUGGGUUGCCCUGAAACCAGCUGUGUCCACUGAACCACCCUCCUGAAGGUGCCACUGCAGCCACAGCUGCCACCUCAGGCCCCAGAAGCAGCAGCAUGAGUUAGGGAGUUGGUGCUUAAGGAGGUCUCUGUGGCAGAAGCACUGUGCACUGUGUCUGGGCUGCUGUGCUGUGCCGUCUUCUGCCUCUGGUGUCUGCACAGCCAAAGCAGAGGGCUGUGUAGUUACAUCACACUGAAACAUUCUAAAGAGAAGAAGGAACAGAUAGACCUUGACUAGUUGGCUCCAGGUCAAAUGCCAGGUGCUGCUCUUCCAGCAGCAGUUUCUCUGUGAACCCUUUGUAAUUGGCUGGUGUGUUUACUUACCACUAUAGCCAGCCAAGAUGAAUACACCCCAGCCCUCAAAAACAAUUUCUUACCUCAGUCUAGCCUGGCCCUCAUGCUUGUGGCUGCCUCCAAGAGCGGCGCCCGUGCUAAUGCAAAAGUAGCAGGGAUACCUUUGGCAGCCAGGAACUGCAGCUCUCCUCAAAUGGCAGGCAGAGCUCUUGCCAGCUUUAACCAGCCCCUCUGGCUGAAAUGGGAGGGCAGUGCCACAUGGUGAAGAACUUCUAGAUGUCUCUAAAAAUGUCAUGAAUAAAAUUGGAAACUGUAGAAGUGUUCAUGCGUCCUAUGGACUCAACAGCAGAGUUUAUUUUUGUUCACAAUGUACGAGUUCCCUGCUCUGGCUAUGCCUUCAGCUCCAUCCACAUUCAGGGGAAGAACCAAUGAGGUGGACUGGUUGGCAGUGUCCAGAGUAAGCUGUGAGGUGGUUGACAGUAGUGCAGAAUGAAAACUUGGGGCUGAGGGUGGGGGGGUGGGGGGGGGCAAGGGAGAUCUGAAAUUUGUUUUACUGAUAAAGCUUUGUAAACUAAUUUUAUACAAUUCAUAAAAUUUGGUGCCUUGUACUUAAUUAUGGAUUGCAUGCGAUUGACAAGUUAAGGGGCAGGGUUCCUUUUGUUAUGUCAAGUGGCAGAUGGCUCUGUAGUGUUUAAAGGAUAUGUGCUAUCAGAUUUUAUAGAACAUUCUAAUCUCUUGUGUAUAAAUGCAAAUUGUUCUUACCAGCAAGUUCUAGAGUUUCACUGUCCAUGACUGUAUUUGUAAUCAUCCAUCAAAUGGCUGUCUUUCAAGGCAACCAACAUACACUGUUGUUGUUCUUUGCCUCUUGUAUAUGCCAAACAUUAAUGCUAGCCUUUUCUGGAAGGUGACCCUUUCCUGAAUGUGUCUCACAUCCCUAUCUGGGGUUGCAGCUUAUGUGUGGAAGGGUUUCCAGCUAGUUGGGAGAGCCAAAUGAUCAGAAAAGCCUUUAGCAAAACCAUGACUGAGGCUAGGCAAUCAAGAGCAGUGGAAUCUUCGUCAAUUCUAGAGUCCUUCUGCACAGACCAUCAGGAAGCAGUGUAGGAAAUAAUCCCCUACAUGUGAACCUCAAGAUUGUAAGACAAACCAGUACACUGUGUAAUAUGCAGAGUGAGUGAUGCAAAAAUGAUGUCCCUGUCACCGCCACCCUCAAGACUUCCUGGGCAGAUGCAACUGGGAUGGUGGUAGGUGACUGUGGAAGGUAGCAAGACCAGUCUGUUGAGUUAGGGCUGUCUGUUCAGAGUCUGGUUCUUUCACUCCAACCAGAAGUUUCCUGCUGAGCUUGUGGGACUUCCCCAAAGGUGUUGACAAGCUCACCAUUCAAAGCACACUUGGAAACUGGGUCCCUCAGCCUAGUUCCUGGACUAUUUAGGUGAAGAGUUAUAUCUUUGGGGCGAAAUUUCCCAGGGUCACUUGGUUUUUCACCAGCUAAGUGUGGGUCUCUCGGUGGUUCUCUUUUUGUCGGUGCUAAAGCGCCUUCUCAGGACUGUGAGCUUGGCUCCUCCACAACCCUACCUGCUCAGUCCAGAGCUAUCACUUGAACCUCUGUGUGCUUGUCAACUCACACCUGGCUCUAACACACCGUAGCUUAGCAGCUGUGAGGCGAGCAGUCCCUUUUGUCAGCUCUGUCCAUACUUAUGCUGGCAUGUUUCAUUUAAAAUACAGCUAGCUGCUGGCGAAGAGCUCAUUUCUAGAGCACUUAGCUAGCGUGCUUGAGGCAUGGGCUCCAUCCAGCUCCGCUAACCCAGUUUAAAUGAAACUGCCAAACCAGCAUUAUGGCUUCAAAAAGCAACAGUAAACGUUACUUGAAAUUAUACCUUAAAUGUGGAAUGAAAUUUCAUUUCAAUUAUACUUUUGAAAGCUAUCAUGUCUUAAUUCUGUCUAGAUUCUGGUUUCAACACAGAAAUUUUUUUUUAACUAAAUAGAACUACUCAGUUAUAGGAUCAUAUAGCAUACUUUAAGGUUUCAUUCUGUGGAAAAAAAAAAAUCAGGCUGCUAUUUCCGAGCUUAGCCAAGGUCAUGUGGGGGUCUGCGUCUGUCAUACGGCUUAGAAAGCCGCUUCCUCAUCACCUUGCGGGCAUUGGAAGUAAUGGCUUCAAACCCAAGCCUUAUCCUUGUAUUCAUAUUCAUGACCCUGCAUCGUUGUCGUCAUCCCCCCCCCCCCCCAUCCCACCCUUUCUUUUAAGGCAUGGUCUCACUGUGUAGCCCUGGCUAGUCUCGAACUUACUAUGUAGACCACACUGGCCUCAGAGGUCCACAGGCUCUGGGAUUGUGUGCCAUGAGGCCCAGGUCUCUUAAUGUUCUCUAAAACAAACUUCAGAGUAUCUGUGACUCAGAAUAAAUUCUAGACUCUUGAUUCAUGUUAAGCCAAUUCUAGGCCUGAAUUUACUUAUAGUUUCUCCUAGUCAUCACAUCUCACAGGUUCUACCUGAUAAGCAUUCACAAGAAAAUGGCAAUCCCCACCCCAUAUAUGGCUAGGCAUGUAGCUCAGUAGAGUGCUUGCCUGGCAAGCCUGAAGCUCAGAGUUUGACCCCAGCACCACAUAAAACCAGGCACAGUAUAUAGCACACCCGUAAUCCUAACAAUUGGUUGGUUCAGGCAACAAGAUAAGAAGUUCAAGGCCAUCUUCAGCUAUGUAGUUAAGUUUGAGGCCAGCCUGGGCUACAGAUACCCUCCCUCAAAAAACAAAACAAGCAAAACUUUCUCAAUUGCCCCCCCCUUUCUUUUGGUGGGUGUUUGGAGGUCAAAUUCAUGAGUUUUCUGCAGUGAGCUAUGCUCCUAGGCCCCAGGAACUGACUGAAUGAGAUUUAAUCUGCAGAUCUAGGAAAGGGACAAGAAGUAACUCUCUCAUGGUCAUGCAGCUGUGGCCCAGUCACACUGACCCUUCCUCACUCAUGCCGUCAUCAAGACCAGCUCCGAAGGGGCCUUGGCACAUAAAAGCAGUAUUUAUUUUUAAAUGCCCAGUAAAUUGACUAAAGAAAGCUAUGGAGAGCCUAUUUCUAGCACCACCUCAUCUCAUGGCCACAGGAUUCUUCCCACACUGGCUCGUGCUCGAGACCACCCGACAGUGGCACUGGCAUUAACCUUGGGUAGGAAGCUGCUCCCCCGCGCCCACUAACGAGUUUGCCUCCACCCACACGUCAGUGCCCUCUCCUGCCACCAAAUCUGUCCCAACAACAGUGCCUCCCUAGUGCCUGGAAAAACCCACCCAGUGAAUUCAAAUACCAAACACCACCAAAUGGCUUCCCCUAGGACUGCUCAACAGAAGAAGGCUGAGAAUCGGCUUUGUAGCAGGUCUGCAUCCCUGUGGAGUAGGUGGUUCCCUUUCAAUUGCUUUUUUUUUCCUUUUCUCUCUUUUAAAAAGAGGCAAAACAUCUCCAUUACAAUCUGUGUUUGGGGCUCAUUCCUGUCUCUUGAGUGUGAAAUACAAAUCAUGUUUUUUGAUUUUUGUAAACCUGACUUUUUACACCUUGGUUUUGAAAGAAGUUUCUUAUUAAAAAAAUAAAACGUC